GUUCAAAAGCAGGAAAGCAACAGGAGAUUGAAGUGGAGAGGAGGAGAGAGAAAGAGAAGAAGGUGCGCCAAAAGGGGAACCCCCAACCCCAUGUACAGAAUAACUUCCUUAUCAGUCUUCUCUUUUCUCUUUCUUCUCACUCUAUUCACAAAACUGCAAGAAAAGCAUAGAAAUUUACAAAAAUAAAAUAAAAAGAAAGAGUGAAAGCAAGAAAAUUUAAGAUGCCUAGACCAGGUCCAAGACCUUAUGAGUGCGUUAGAAGAGCUUGGCACUGUGAUAGACACCGACCCAUUAGAGGUUCUAUCAUUCAACAAAUUUUCAGAGUUGUCACUGAAGCUCAUAGUUCUAUUACUAGAAAGAACAGAGAAUGGCAAGAGAAGUUGCCUCGUGUUGUGUUAAAAGCUGAGGAAAUUAUGUAUUCUAAAGCUAAUUCUGAGGCUGAGUAUAUGGAUCCUGAGACACUUUGGGAGCGCCUUAAUGAUGCUGUUGAUACUAUAAUUAGAAGAGAUGAAAGUACUGAAAGUGGUCAAUUUCUUCAGCCUUGUAUUGAAGCUGCCCUUGUUCUGGGAUGUCAUCCUGUUAGAGCAUCACGUAGCCAGCGGAACAGUAAUCCGAGGAGUUAUCUCAACCCGAGAUUUCAAGAACCUUCUCCAGCAGCUCCAGCAGUUCCCGAUGGCCCCAACUAUCAUCAACCACCCUCUCAACCACCAAACCUCUCAGGGAGUCCGUUGAGCAUUUCGAGAUCAGCAAUGGGAAACCAGGCUAGUACAUCUCCGCUUUCUAGCAGCCAAAUGGUGCCCAACACUAGCUACAUUGCUACUCGCACCAGCCCUUAUUCCCAACCCAACUUUCCUAGACCUAUGCACUCCGCGCCUGUUGAAUCGAACUCCUUGCUGAACUUUGGCUCUAUUUAUCCUUUGUAUUAUGGUAGUCAAUUCCAGAAUCCAGAACCCCAGUUUGGGUUCUGUUCACCUCAAAACUCAAAUCCUAGGAAUGUGAUUGUCGGCACACCAGUAGGUUGGCAUGGAACACAGCCUCCUUGUUUUGCCAGCACGAGGAAUCUGCUACCUAAUGAAAAUGUGGAAACUGCAGCAGACAAGUACAGGCGAGUAAACUUAGUUGCCAACCAUGGAAAGGCAGCUGAAAUAGACUGCGAUUUAUCUUUACGAUUGGGUCCUUCCGAGCAAGGUAUAAGUGUGGAAAAAGGUCUUGGUCGUCUCACCAGUGAUGGUGGUUCAAGUAGUCAGCAAGAGAAUAGCAAGUACUCUUUAGGUGCUAAGAAUCCUGAGUUCUGUUUCUUCCCUAGGCACAGUGGCAACGAUCCCUCUGAACCCUGUGACAACAGACAGGAACAGGACAAUCAGGUUCUAGAUAGACAUGCAAUUCUGAGGAAGCGUAAAGCCCCAGAUGAUCUUGAGUUAGAAGCUGGCGGUUCUCAAUGGCUCCCGGCGCCACAACCCAGCCAAUUUCAUGUUCAAUAUAGAUGGCCAGGAGGAAAAGGGAAAUCCCAUUCACAAAAUCUAGAACUUCAGUGUUGUGAAUGGACUCUUUCUUUUCAUGAAGAACCCACAUCUCAUGCACAUUUUUGCAGAAGCCAUUCCACAAAUGAAGCUAGCUUUCGUUUGCUCUAAGGAAUGCAACCAGGUGAUUGCGGUUGUGAUUGUAAGAUGUGAAGAAUUAGUUCGCUGAAGCGUUUUCCCUGGACGUGGUUCUGCAAUAAACAGAGAAGCAACUGUGGAGCUUGCAUUCAGCAUAACCUAAUUCGUUUUUUCUCUGUUCAACCUAGGAUUAUGUACCUCCACCCCUACACCCACGUCCCACGGCCCCAAAAAAGGGAGAAAAAAAACGGGCUCUACGCAUUUUGCAGCUGGAAUUUGUAAUGUGAUGAUUGUGCGCCUUACUCUAGGGGUUUGCAAUUUCUUAGAAUCAGCCCAUCCAGUAUUAGGUCACAUAUGUUAAUUGGUGAUUGAGGAGGGAGAGCUUGAUGCGCAUUUGUCAUGUGAGGGUCAUGUACUUGUGAUUUAUGCAGCUAAAGAGGCGUGGAGGACAAAGGAAUGGUUGGAGUUAUCCUUUCUAUUUAGUAUCAAAAUACUUGAUUCUAGUAAAAUCUCUUGCGCAAGAAGGUUGGCUAGCUGGACUUAUUGCCGAAAAAAAAGGGUCGUUUUGAAACAAAAAAGCUGCCCCACCCCAGCAGGCGGGUUGUUUACUCUGUCGUCACCGGGGAGGUCUUGGCAAAGUAUGCUUGGACAGGCGGCUAAAAUUUGGUGUAGUUGUUGAGGUCAGUUUCUGGAAAUUUCUAUUUGAUUCGUUUGUUGCAGUGACGAAUGAGAAUUGACAAUAUAAUACAGUUUUCUGUCUAGGUUUUGUUCCCCUGCCUGCGGGAAUAAAUGAGUGAAUAAGCUGCUGUCCCCGGUGAAGUUUGAAUAUUUGUCUUUGCCAACUUAACCUAGACUUUGGUUUUUGCAUUAGACGCCGGUAUUUGUCCAAGUGUUUGACUCGUAAAAUUUAUGAAAAAUUCCGUGAUUUUUGCCCAAGACGAGUUUCAAAUUGUACAUACGCAAUUCAAAGUAGCGAGGAUCCGACACAGGUGCCUGACGUAAAUAAAGUCUCUCAGUAACAUGAUAGCUGAAGACAACUCUCUCAAGUGUGAGACAGGAUCACCAGUUGCUGCAUGGCCCGAAGUGUAUCUACUUGUAGAGGUGGGCUCUCUUGCUGAACAAAAGGAGAUUUCUGCAGCACACUAUUUGUUGAUUGAUGACAUACUAACAUGUUAUUUCCACAUGGAUUUCAAUUAACCCUAUGGUUAUCUCUGACAUACAUAGGACUACUAGGUGCUAGGUCAUUGAUAGCUAUAUAAAAUUUGAAUCUAAUAGCUAUAGAAUGUACUGUUUAGUGGCCCAUAAUGACUGUAUCACUGUAUGGUUUAAGUAUGUUUCUAAAAGACCAAAACAUAACUUAUCCAGGUUCAUAGAAGUAUUUGUUUGAAUUUUCAACUUUGUUUUCUUGUUGCUUUCA